UAACAAUGUGUUAAAUUUGAUAAAACAGACAGCGCGUUUUUGGGUCCCGACUUCACUGCAGUGUUUUGAAUUUGAUCCGACCGUGAGCUCGCGGGGCCUCGUGUGGUCAACCGGAGGAAUUCACGUGCGAGGCAGGGUGGCAUACGCCCUCUACGUCACCGAGCUGAAGACUCAAAGUGAAGACGCUCAACUUUUCUGCCUCCACUUUGUCCUCUCGCUCUGAGCUGUCACCUCCUCCGUCCACAGCUGCGGAGACGCAACGCUGCAGGAGAAACAUGAUCGUUAACUCGGCACGGAAUAUUUCGCAACUAGUCUUCUGACUCACCACGGACAGCCCUUCACCACAGGUACACUCACUUGGCCGAUUGUUUUUCUAGACUCACCUCUAAAAUGGCCCAACAGAACAGCUGUCAUUAUAAUGAGUCCAUGGGCUUCUUCUACAACAACAGCAACGCUGAGGAUAGCUGGAACAAACCCAAGCUCAUCCUGGUGCAGGUGGUGGGCUCUCUCUUCUGCUGUUUCAUCCUAGUCUCCAACGCCAUGGUCAUAGCUGCUGUCAUCACCAAUAAGAGGUUUCACUACCCUUUCUACUAUCUUCUAGCCAACCUCGCCGCCUCGGACUUCCUGGCAGGCAUAGCGUACGUGUACCUCAUGUUUAACACAGGUGAGGUGUCGCGGAAACUUACAGUUAAAGGAUACUUCAUUCGUCAAGGUCUUCUGGACAUCAGUCUCUCAGCUUCGCUGGCUAACCUGCUGGUAAUAGCUCUAGAGCGCUACAUCUCCGUCAUGAACUGGAAAGUCCACAGUAACCUGACGAAGAGGAGGGUGACCCUGUUGAUCGUGCUGGUGUGGGCCAUCUCCAUCUUCAUGGGGGCUGUGCCGAGUCUGGGCUGGAACUGCAUCUGCAACCUGAGCGACUGCUCCCAGCUGGCUCCCAUCUUCAGCAGGAGCUACCUGAUCUUCUGGUCUGUGUCUAACCUGGUGGUGUUCCUGGUGAUGGUGGUCAUCUAUACGAGGAUCUACACCUACGUCAAGAGGAAGACAGCGGUGCUGACGCCACACACCAGCGGCUCCAUCAACCGCAAGAGGACGCCCAUUAAGCUCAUCAAGACGGUCAUGGUUGUGCUCGGGGCCUUUGUGAUCUGCUGGACUCCCGGCCUGGUGGUUCUGCUGCUGGACGGCCUCAACUGCACGAGUUGUGACGUCAUGAAAUUAAAAACAUGGCUGCUGCUCCUGGCUGUACUCAACUCCGUUAUGAACCCUUGCAUCUACUCCUACAAGGAUGAGGAAAUGUGGACAACCUUCAAGAACCUCAUGCGCUGCAUUGGUAACGGCACGCGACGGCAGCGGUCCACGAGGGCCAACGCCAGGCCGCUUAGCUCUGGUCAGGAUACGGGAAACAGUCAGCCUCCCUCAGAGGAGACAAAAAAUGACGAUCAGGGCAUUCUUUAAACCUGAAAUUGGAACUUGUUAAGAAUUAACCAGAACUUCUGUCCAGCUCUGACAGGACAUAUCUUAUGAAGUUAGAGUUGACUUGAAAGAGAAACCACAUCAGUUGGUCUCAGGGGGUCGUUGUAGUCCUAAAAAUACUUUCUUAAAGAGACACUGCAGGCCAGCUGCUCCAUGGUAGAGCAGUGAAAUGGAGAUAAGAAGAGACCUUGAUGCACUACUAAUUCCACAAAUGGAUGCAAAGAUGUGCUUUUUUAGUUUUUGUCAGGGUUUUACAGUUUUUAUAUCCAAUACUCCCAUUCAUGUGUAUUGGGAGAUUUGGGUUGCUGUUUCAUUCUGCUCUUUUUGUCUUCAUCAUCACAUCCCUGCUGGUUAUUUCAACUUGGACAAUUCUACUCUGCAAUGGCUGAAGAAAGAAUCCAGUAUGAAGUACACAGUGGUACAUUUCUACUUUUACCCCCCAAAAGGGUAAAAAUCAUCAUGCAAAGGGUGACUUAACUUUCUCCCUAAUAUAAAUCUGUGUACAUCUGGUUGCCUUUACGUUUACUUCCUGUGUAGCUGAUAAGGGAAGCAAUGCUGUAAUGGAUGAUCUAGUUAAGACGUGCAACUUGUUUGAAGUCGGGUAUGCCUACUAUAAAACUGUAGGUUUGCUUGGGUAGGGCACAGUUUUAAAAAUUAUUUCCAUUGUUUUCCAAUGGAAAUAAUAUUUUCCAUUAUUCCCAAUGAAAGAUACUGUAAACUGCUGUACUAAAUAUAUCUACUUGUAAAUCCUGUAAAAUGCUUAAAAAAGAGGUGAAAUAAUUUCAAAUGUAUGACAGCUAGUAUCCUGCUUGUUUGCAAUUUUGAAUCUACGAAAUCACACCCUGCUUUCUUUUGUAAAGCAGGUUUCCCUCUGGGGAAUAGAUAACAGUCACUCCUUUCUUGUCCCAUCUGUAAUCUUUUAUCAGUUCCUAUGCAGCACCUCAUGGAGGCAAACUUGUUCCCCCUGUAGCAUUUUUACACAUCCACUUCAACUCACUGAAUGGCUGCUGUUGCUCUGAAGAAACAGCUCAUAAAUGAUGGUUGUAAAAGGAUGUUGCGACACACUGGAUUCCUGCUUGAGUUUCAACAAUACCCUGUGUACCUGCAGGAUCUGACUGAAUAGACUACCCACACACGAGCCCCCCAUCCCCCUCCCCCCCCUCUCCCCAAACUGCUCUGACGUCUCCAUUGCUAAAUCAUUGACAGGGUUCAAAUGACGUUUCUUUAACCUGCUGUACAGUAUUUAUGCCACUCCUGCUGUAAAAGACAUGACAUCAUUAAAGCUAUUUCAUUUUUAUUCUGGGAGUGUAGGAAUGUCACACAUUGAGAGUAGUGAGUACAAAGGUUUACAGCUACAAUGGGUGUGUUUCUUUAUCGAACCAAGAUUAUUCAUGGUCAUUCCUGUGUAGUGACGUUUCAACUGCAGGACAUUUAAAACAAAAAUAAAAAAACUAAUUUUGUUAAUUAACUUUUUGGAGUUUCAUGUUGUUUUUGUCAAACAUCAAACAUAAUACACAAUAUGGGAUGAUAUGAUACAGAAACAGCAGGCAGCACACAGGUUGAUUUCACUACAGGGCUUGCAACUAUAUUACAGUAAAGAAAGAGUAUGACUUUCACUACGUACAGUAGUUAGUAGGAACCUCUAAUAUGAACAUCAGUCAAAGUAGGCUACCACAAAUGGGUCACAUACUAUUUUUAUUCAAAUAAAUAUAUAAGCUACAGAAUGUCAUUUAAUCUUACAGUCUUAAGCAUUUUCUGGCAUUCACUACUACUGCUGCUACCACUUUGGUCUAGACUAAAAUACCUGAACAACUACUAGAUGGAUUGCCAUGAAAUUUUGUGCAGACAUUCAUGGUCCACAGACUAAUCCUAAUAUGAUGAACCUUAAACACUUCAAUGGGAUCAACUGACUUUUCCACCAUGAGGUUGACAUGUGUGGUUUUGAGUGAAAUGAUAAGAAUUGGAUGUACUACAAAAAGCAAUGGUGCCAUUCAUGUUCCCCUAAACUUACACCUAUACUUUGGGGAUCCCCUCACUUUCCUCCACCACCACCAUCAGUACAAUACAAUACUUUGGUCUAUGACCAAAUACCUGCAAAACGGACAUUCCCAUCAGCACCAGCUAUACUUUGUGUUUAGUGCUAAUUUGCAAAUGUUAGCAUGCUAACAUGCUGAACUAAGUUGUUGAACAUGGUAAACAUGCUACCUGAUAAACAUCAGCAUGCUAGCGUUGUCAUUGUGAGCAUGUUGGCAUGCUGGAGGACUGCAGACUUUUUAAACAUUGCACACACCACCCACUUGGCACCUACGUUAGCCAAACGAUGAGAUUACAUGUAAAUCCUGUUUGACUGAGACAGACUGUUUUCUGAUUUUGAAUUAAAAUGACUGUCACUAACUAAACUGUCUUGACAACACUGUAGUGCAGUUAGCAUAACAAACAAAACAAAAAAACACUGAAAAGAUUAUCUGACAAUCCUAUUACAUGUACUGCAGUCAAUAGUUGAUGAAGUACCAUUGCUAGAGAUUUGUGGUGCUCAAGAGCUGCCACUUUAGGAUGAUUUACUCUGUUCAGGCCAAUUAGUGGAUGACCUUCAGGUUUCCAUUCAGUCAGUUACAUCAUUGGUUAAAGCUGGAGAAAAGCAGAAUUGACCCUAAGUGGGAGGAACAAGAUCCUCCUCUGAAUUAGAUUGCAAAGCGCUUGCUUCAGUAAAAAAUAACCACAUACAAGUAUUUUAUUUUAAUUUAGUACAGCUUGCUGUGAUUAAUGGUAACCUGACUCCUUGCCCUGUAAAUGUCACCCAUCAACAUCUGGAAAGUGGUUAAAAGUGUUUGGCUAAAGGAAGAGUGAAAUUCAUUUCCCUUCAUUCUCCAGGUAACCUGCUUUUGCAACAUUUCUAAUCACAGGUUAAACUCCGUUUAUGCUGUAAAAUCACACUCAGGAUUUGAUCCCCUAAACACAACCAGCAUCCUUUGACAGCAGAAGAAAAGGUUCACCAACACUGUAUUUUUCGCUCAUAGGAAACUACUCUGUAUGUUAAUGACAUUCAGUUUGUUUCAGGUUGAGGUUUAACUUUAUUAAAGUCAUGUUAUUUUCA